AGUGACAUUUGCAAAAUCUUCUUUGCCAUCAUUCUCCCCCCCGUCGGUGUCUUUCUCGAAAAGGGCUGCGGUAUCGACCUUCUCAUCAAUAUCGCCCUGACCAUUCUCGGUUUCAUCCCCGGCCUCAUCCACGCCCUCUACAUCAUCUUCAAAUACUAG